GAUCCUUCAAAACAAAACAAAUCUGCCGUGUGGAAGAAGGAAAUUUUUUUGUAAUGGCCUUUUUUCUCCUCCAGUGGGAUUAAUAAGAACCUGGAGAGCCGAGAGACAGCUGGUUAUUAGUGACUGUGAGAGAGAUAAGCUAACAGAGGAGAGGAGAGAAGGCUGGGAAGUGGAAUGGAAUCCCCUAAGAGCUGCUUGUUUUCAGGUUCACCUGCAUCUUCAAGAAGAAUUUUUUAAGUGAUUGUCAUGGAAACAUUCUUGGCAGAAACUCAACCUUGUUAUAAAUUAGGAAGAAAUUUUAUUAAAGCCAACAAAAUUAAGAGAUAGAAUUAUGACAGUAAAGACUUUGUGCUACAGGAAAGUCUAUAUAAACUGCCUUUUCUAAAUCUCUGUAAAGUGUAUUCCUAACAUAAAUGGUUAGGUCCAUCGGUAUGGCUUCGAGUGACCUAGAGAGCGGGCAGUCAUGCUUGCCGCCCAACCCGCCGCCACGGCCAAGAGUCUGCCACCACCACCAUCACCACGACUGUGAAGAUGAGAUGACCCCAAAGCAGAAAGCGGACUUUGCAGUAAUCAAAUUUGUAGCUGGGCUGGUACUGACGGUGAUGAGGAAAUUUUGGUUUACAUCUGGAACAGUGAUUAUUUUAAUAUUUGUACUUUUCUGGCUGUAUGGAGGAUUCCUGGCCUUUGUUCUCCUUCUCUUUGCCUUCUCAGGAGUAGUUUACCAGAUCAGCGACCUGCUUGUCUAUUGGCCCAACUUUCCCCCGGACUCUCGCGUGUUAGUGCAACCUCCCUCCUCUAUUGGCUUGCCAUCAGAGAACCUGUUUUUGUAUGCACGUGAUGGGACCAAACUUCAUGCCGUUUUUGUCAAGCAGGAUUCCAUGGCUGUGAAGUCUGCACCAACCUUUGUUUAUUUUCAUGGCAAUGCAGGGAAUUUGGGUCAUAGGCUAAGCAAUGUAUAUGGAAUGUAUCGAUGGCUUGGCAUCAACCUGCUGUUGUUGGAGUACCGUGGCUAUGGACUGAGCGAGGGCACACCCUCUGAAGAAGGGCUUUAUCUUGAUGCUCAAGCUGCUAUAUCCUACCUCAAGACAAGAUCAGAUAUAGAUCAAAAUAAAAUAAUAGUAUUUGGUAGAUCAUUAGGUGGAGCAGUGGCCGUGGACUGUGUGAGCCGGACAGAGAUCAGCAGCAGAGUGGCAGGAGUGGUGAUUGAAAAUACUUUUACAUCUAUACCAGAUAUGGCCAAGGUGCUCUUCUCUGGUGUGAAAGUUCUUGCUAAAUUACCUCACUGGUGUCACAAGAAUAAGUACCUGUCUAAAUACAAAAUGUGCCGAGUGGUAGUGCCAACGUUGUUCCUCUCGGGCCAGGCUGACUCCCUGGUACCUCCCCGCAUGAUGAUGGAGUUGUACCAUUGUUGUGCUUCGCCAGCAAAACGUCUUAUGCAGUUCACUCAAGGUUCACAUAAUGAGACCUGGAAAUGCCCUGGGUAUUAUCAAGUGUUGGCUCACUUCUUGGAUGAGGUGUUCAAGAGGACAACACAGCCUCCUGUUCUACACCCAGGUGUGGUGUGUUUCUCUGAGCCACAGACUCUGUAGCACCUGCUGGCUGAUGAAAUGACAAUGGUAUUCUAAAAGGAUAAUUGCACUAGCUGUUAAAUAAAUUUUAUGCCUUCUGUGAAGGAGGCAUUCUUCGAAUGAUUUUUUAACAGAUAAGUUUUACCCAUUUGUUCGUAAGCAAAAGUUGUAUUUAUGCCAUAGAAGUUUUUUUCAUUUUUAAGGAUUUUUAGCUGUAUUUUAUACUAGUCUGUCAGGUGAAGGAAUACUUAAAUUCACUCAGCUCUUGAGAAAUGAGCAAGGGCCUGAUCAAGUUGCAUUCAAUUCAGUUUUUAAUGUGACUGAUCUGUGGAAAUUGUAGCAUCAUUAAGUAUAAAUGAACCUUCAUUGUAUUUCUGAAUGCAUAGGUUCACAUUGGAGUGCUCUAUAUAUUACUCACUCUUAAUUGAAGAUGAAAACAAAAAAAAUAUGUAAUUAUAAAUAAUAAAGGCUUACAGAGACUAUAAAAUACUAAAAAAAAUAAUUCUUAAUGGUUCAUAUUUGAGCCUACAAGGGGAUUUCCAGUUUCAUUAGGAAAUUUUUAAACUAAAUGCACUAUGAUAAAUAUUAACAAUAGAUGAUUGCUUGAGAUACAGAACUAUUGAACAAAUAUACGGGAUUUUCAAGUGAAUUGUCAUGUCUGAUAACAUGAAUGUAAGGAAACAGAUUUUCCUUAUUAUGGAUUUUUUUUGUAACGAGUCAUACACCAUAGAAUCUACACAAUACUUAUUAUACUCUAAGGGGUAUUUAAGAAAAUAAAGAUCCUGGAUUAGGAUAAAUAUCAAUCCUGCUCAAUAAAAUUCAAACCAUAUCUAGAAAUUCACAUGUAUGUUAAUGUGAUUCUGUCUAGCAUUACAUUACUAGGUAACACCAAUAAAAUGCAGAGUCGUUAGGUGAAUGAAUACACUUGCAACUAAUAAGACAGUUCUUUGAGGGGAAACUCAUUAGCACUUAAAGUUUAAAGGUGACGAGAUGUACUUCCCAGUUAUUACACAGAAUCCAACAAAUGUCUUAAUAGUUGCACAUGUUGUUGAUCUAAUAUGUUGUUGGUAUUUUACCAAUACAAACUCAAGACUACAAGGUGUAGAGAGAUGCUCUCCAGCAUGAGGUAACAACUGUAUUCUCCUUGGUUACAUAAACCAGAGUGAGUUACACUCACAACAUAUUAAUCUCAUUCUUUAUAGUGUGGAGGGAAUUUGGCAGAAAGUUCAUGGGAACUUGGAUUUGGCAUGCACAAGGUAGUGCAAACAAGAAUUUCUUUUAAACUUCUUUUAAGCAUUUAGACAAUAAUUAAAAAUGUGGUAUGUCAGAAAAUGCUUCAAACUGCUCUGACUUAUAAAGCAAUAUGAUAUAAUGUGAGUCGAUGUUUGGGGUACAAAUCUGUGAGUGUAAAAUAUAAACCAAUGCAGGAAACCCCUAUGGGGCACAUGAGAGUAUGACUAGCUUGUGUCCAAUACAUAUACAGCAUCUUCUUUUCAGUGUUCCAUGUUUUCAUUGGCUUCAAAUUGAACCAUUGUUCAUUAUGUUCCACCUGCCAGUGACUGCCCCCGGCUCGUGGAACAAUAGCUCGAUUGGAAGGCAACGACAAUGUGGAACACCAAAAAUAGCUUCUAUAUAUGUAGGGCCCUCCUGUACCUGUGAUGGUCUGUGUCAUAGAUCAGCUCAGUGUGGAUAAUCCAUGGAAAAAAAAUAAUGUUCAAACUAGCAAUGUUUAACCAUGUGCUCUUCUGUUUACCCAUGGAUAUAGAUUUUGGUCAUGUGAUAGUUUUAAAAAAUGCAACUGGGGUAAAAAUUCCUUAUAAAUGCUGUAUUUGUUAUUUUGUGAUUUAAAAUAACAAAUUCUAUGAAUGUUAGGAAAAAUAAUUGUAGGAGGGCCCUGCUUAUACAACACCUAUUUUUGGUGUUGCGUGCUUUUCCUGGUUUUCAGUUGAGCCCCACCGGUGACAAUCACCGGCACAUGGAACAUAAAGAACAUGAAAGAAUGAGACACUUGUGCAACAUUUAUCUGUAUUGAGAAAAUGUUUCCUCAAUAAAGAUUCCUAAAUGUUGUGCAAGUGUUUAACUUUUCAACUUGUUAGUUUUCUAAAUCAUUUAUCACAUAAUGAGCACUGGCUCAAUUUGAAGCCAGCGAAAAUGUGGAACAUCGAAAAGAUGGUGCUGUGUAUGUGUGGCCCUCCUGUAUAGCAUUAUCCAAUGGGGGAAAUUUUCCUAUUACACAGAAUGCUCUUCUUCCUGGUGUUUGGGUUAUAGCAUUCCACUUAGCUGUAUGAUGCUCAUAGAUAGACUUGCCAAAAUAACUGAUGUACCUUGAGUACCUCCGUCCCAGUGAUCAACAUUUGUUAAGGUAUCAGUCCCUCGUUCUUCUUUCCCAUUGCAGCAAAGUGUGGUUGGUCUGUAGGCUGGUCCUCUUUACCAAUCAUUCAUUAGCUUUUGUUAAGGAUGAACACUUGUGCUAUAAAGAAAUCUUGAAUGUGCUCUGUUAAUUAUAUUAAGAAAAACCUGACACAGGGUAUCGGUUGUAUGCAUUUGUAAUUACCUGCAUUAUUUUGCUUUGUAUUUAUGCAUACAAGAGUACACAAAUUUUUCAUUGCCAGUAUGUGUGUUUGUGCCAUGGAAAGUAAAUUAAUAAGCAAUCUUCAGCGAACUUCAUGCACGGUAGUUCUCUGUAAGAUUUAUUAUUUGUUAAAGUUAACUUGCGUAAGAUAACGGGCAGUAAAUGGUGUGUAUGCAAGUCUCUCCAAUAGAUUCUUAUAUUGUUCUCAGAUUUUUCUAGUCCUUCCUUCGGUGUCCUUUUAAACUAUCCAUGACACUAAAGGCAGUUGAAAUAUCUGGGGAUGAUUGUAUAUAAGGCCAGCCUCACAAGAAAGAGUUUGCAGAGGGCAGAAAGCAGCAUUGUUAGUGUGAAGACAAAGAUAAAAGUUACAGAAGAAUCUCUUAUUGAGACAUUGGUGUACUCUGUCUAGGACUUCAUAAAGUCAUGACUUGAUAAAGCUCUACACAGAGCAAAAUAUUGGCUUAAUUAAAGCUUGUUCUGCAACUUUUGUGUAAGUUUUCACACUAGUUGACAGUAUAGCAACUCAUUUAAGUCAUAGCUUCCCUUCCUGGUGCUUGUAGCCAGAGCUGGAUCAAGAUUUUAUAGACCCCUGGGCUACAAGUACUGUGAGGCCUCCAGUGAUAUUUUCAAAUUGAAAAAAGUUUAAGAAAUGUGAAAUUUAAUUUCACAAUUAAAAUUCAAACAUUUGCUUUACAUAAUUUCUUGGAAACAGUUUUCUCCAAAACAUCAGUAAAUUGUAAGUUGAUAACAUCUCUGGAGGCCCUCCAGCUGGCAGAGGGCCCCUGGGCUGCAGCCCCUAAAGCCCAUGUCUUAAUCCAGCCCUACUUCUAACUCGCCUUCAGGUCAUCUCGCUCACUAAUACACAAGUCAUUUAAGUCUUGGAUUUAUUUCUCUACAUUUUUGAUGCCUCUUUUCCUGUUAUCUCUAAGACCUUCCUUUUGGUAUUUUAUAUUUUACUGACAUUUUAGUAGUGUACAUCGUCAUUGGUACUGUAAAUUUUGUGGAAUAAGUUAACAGGUAACCAAGAAAUUUGAAGACAUUUAAGGAGUUCAGGUCUUAGCACUUGAAAUAGAUUUGAAGAAAGUUUACGGGCAAGCAAGUUCCCAUGUCUUCUAAUAAAGUGUUCAUUUUUCCCUGUAAUCUACCAUACCAUGAAUUAAGGAAAGACCCUAGACUUCACCUUACGAAAGCAAAGUAAAUACGAUAGUAAUUAUGGACAAGGUAAAUUAUGGGGAAAAUGAAUGUACAUGUAUUAGGAGACAGCGAAACUCGUGUGUUCUUUAUGGUGUUCAGAUCUUAGCACUUGAAAUAGAUUUGAAAAAUAAGCUGAUAAACACUAUUAAUGAUGGUUUUUAUUACUUUUUAUCAUUUAAUAAGAGUCAAGCCAGCUUUUUAACAGCUUAGCUGGAAAGACUAUUUAGGUUGAUCAGUGGAUUUUUUGAAGAUAAGUAGUGAUGUAAUUUUUUUUUAAUUGAAUGACGUGUUGUGUGAUAUUUUUAUAUAUAAUAAAUUUGGAUGCAUUAGCAGUGUGCUGCUACCCUACACACUAUGAUAAUUAUAUAGCAGAAACAACAUUCUGCCAUGUUUUCUUGUCAUACUCUCUCAUACAGGUUUUGGGAGAGUGUGGGAAUUGGGUGUCUGGAGGAGUGUUUGGAAUCCUGGAAAGAAGAAUGACUUAAGAGGAGAUAGAUGGAAGUGCACUGAUGGGUAGAAACAGUGCCAAGUACUGCACCUGUUGAGUUAUGAUUUGUGGUCUCUAUGAUUGUGUGUGUUUGAGGACUUGUUCUCGCAAGUGACUUUCAGUCGGAAGUUUGGGCCACAUUUUAAGUUAUUUUUUAUUCGUAUCGCUGUAUAUUUCAAUUCAAGAUUCAGAAUAUAAUAUAUUUUCUGGCAUAUAAGGCACAUGACAGAAGUAUCAUAACAGUAAAUCAGAAAUCACAUUCAAGGGCUAAUUACCCUCUUGCUUUAUACUAAAGCUUAACACAGACUACCCUUGACCCUGACCUUGAGCAUAUAAGGCACAAGCUGAUUUUCCAAGACUUUUUGUGGGGAACACAGGUGCACCUUAUUUUCCGGAAAAUACAGUAUGUUAGGACUGUGCAUGUCGAAGCAUUAUGGGGAAUGGUAUUAAAGUUUGUAAUAUUGUACCAAAUUCAAAUGGUCUACUUAGAAAUUUAUUUAUUUUUUUAUUUAUAUGUGAAUAAUUAAUGUAAUUUAAAUUUUUUUAUACUGUACUAUACUUGAUAAUUGUAUUCUUUGUUGAAGCGCAGUUGGUCUUAGUUGAUAUCGAUUAUUUUCAUAGCUUUAUGCUGGGUAACUGUUUUAAUAGUUGAACUUACAAGUAGGAGUGAUAGUCAAAAUUUGUUUUAAGUGGUGGAUGGUUAAGAAAGCAUUCACUGCACAGUUACUUUUUUUUUUGACUAGAAAAAGCUGGAUUUUUUUUUCCUUGAUUUUGUUCAUGGGGUUUUCACAUUCCAUAGAGUUUUAGUGAAUUCUUGAAAGCUUAAAUAUAAUCCCAGGCAGCUGGUCCAGUUGGCUGCCAGUCCAGCUGGUUUAGGGAAGUGACAGAUUAUUCCACUGGAAAUGAAUUUUAGCUCCAUUAAUUGGCUCAGCAGUUCACUACCCAUCCCAGUGGUGGCACCAUUAUGUAUUGUAAUUUUACCCCAUUUAAUUCUUUUCAAUUUUGCUGAUACUGGAGAGAUUUCUUCUCUUGGUCAUUUAUUACAUCUGAUAUGUAGGUGCUUGACAAGGCACUAAGAGAAAGAUAAAGAUAUAAAGAUUAUGAAGAUAAAGAGAAGGGAGAAGGAGAAAGGGAAGAGGGAGCGACUGACUGACCUACCCACCCACCCACCUCCCAAAUUAUGUAGGUUGUUAAUAGCAAGUGAAUGACAACAAAACCUGCAGCCAAUACAGUUGUGUGACAGUGUUCCAGAAAACAUGUGAUGCAUCAAUAAAUUUCAAAAAAAACAGUUGACAAAAUUAUUUAAGCGUUAAAAAAACAUGCAAACGCAGCAAUGGCAUGGCAGUUGUUUUUUAACAGUUAAGAGCAACCAUUCUUGCAUAUAUUAUGCUGUAAUAACACAUUUCCCAUACCACCACCUACCCCACGUGAUGUACUAUAAUAAAUUAAGUCGGUCUUGAUUAGUGUGAAUUUCCAGUGAGUGCGAUAUUAAUGCUAGUUUUUACCAUACUCUUGAAACCGUUCACAAAGAUUACAUAUAUAGGAGGGCCCUGUUUAUACAGCACCUAUUUUUGGUGUUCCAUGUUUUUGUUGGCUUUUGAGCCAUUAUGACUCACAAAAUCAUAAUGACACAAUUGCAAACAAACCAUACCACAGGCUGGGAUUGGCCUGGAGUUUUGCAACUCACUCACCACAAGCUCAGUACUAGCCCGUGGUAUGGUUUAAUUGAGCCAUUGUUCAUUAUGUUUCAUGCUCUUACCGGUGCUUUGCCGUUGUCACCAUUUCGGACAUUGGUUGCGUAAGGUAAGGAUGGACGGCGUCACUUCAGAGCUGUGUGACCGGGUCCCUCCUGUAAUUCAAAUACUGUAAAUUCGAAUGAUGUGACCACUUCAUGGGAUUCAUUAUUCACACUAAUGAAGACUUAGCUGUACUGUAUAAAUGUGUACUGUGCAAAUAGAAGAGGACAAUUAUAGCAGUCAUUGGCAAGUGCCCUAUUGUUUUUGUUUCUGAAUUUUUGUGUGCGUUGAAUUUUAUAAAGUUUUUCAUGUGAAUUUUUUUUUUUUCUGUAACUCCAAGUUCCAAGCAUCUGGCAUGAGAGUGCUCUACUAUAUAUAAAAUAAAAUUAUUUUGUUAAAUGCAGUAAUUAUUAUGCCAACAAAUUAUUUUUUGCAAACUUCAGAAACAGAGUUGUAGUCGCCAUUUCGUGGUAUAUUUUAUGUUAUUUUUACGUGUCAGUCAGUACAGUAUUUGAAGGUUUAUCCAAGAAACAGACAGUUUAAUAUUAAUCAUUGUCAAUUAGUUCAAUUAUUUCAUGCUUACCAUACAUAACUAAUUAUAUACUCUUCUGUAUUAUAUAGACUAUAUCAAUGAGCUUUAUUUUUAAGCUUCAGUGUAAAUGAGUCUUUUCUUGUUUGUCAAUGAUAUUUACUGUAACUGAAGUGUGUUCAGUGUAUUGUACAGUAAUACACAAUGAGGUCACAGGUGACUAUCAUGAGGAAACUGAUAUCACAUUAAUAUAUUAUGCUUCAUUCGUAGUGAAGAAAGAGGGUGAUGACCAUAAAACUACGGGAAGGGAGGGAGUUUUUAUUGCUUAAGAGAUGAGUGAAGCCAUUUAGAAUGAAAAUUGACAUAAGGAAAAGAUAACUAUAUACAAACUCUUCUGAAAAGAAAAUGCAAACUACAUACAUUAAUUAAGACAGACUAAGAUGUAUUAAGAGAUGAUCACAAAAUUUACUCCUGUCCCAAUUAAUUAACUGAGACCCCUUCAGCAGGGUCAGUAUAUACAUAUCCCUUUUUACCUGUGUUUCAGUUUUGCAACAGAAGAGUUUCUCAUUUAUCAAUUGUUUGCCAUUUGAUGCUUUAAUCAAAUUACAGAAGAGAAUCACAGUGUAGCGAGUAGGUUGUGAUGUACCGCUCAUAUCAAAGUGCUUCCCACUGCAGUUAAUAGCAUGCAUACAGUAUACAUAGGAUGUACAUAAAUUCUAUAGUCUUUCUGCAUGCAUGCAUACAUGCAUGUUAUAUUUACUUGUCUUCUAGUUAGGUACUGUACAUGGAAAUGGAGAGAAGAAUGAGUCCAGGUAUUGCAGGAAGAUGAAUGUAGUACAGUGCUGUACUUUAAAGGACUGGAUUGCAGGGAAGUUGAUCCCCAAAACCCUCUCCAGGUACCGUACUGUACAUAAUAGGAAUAUUAAACAUGCUUUAUAGACUAGAAAAAUUAUGACCCAGAAUUAUAUUCUUUGUCACCAGGAAAGUUAUAGAGGCAACUUUAUUUUUCAACCUCUUUAUUAUUACUACUAUUCUUUAACAUGCCAGUAUGUAUUGGAAUUUUCUUGUUUUUUCCCCAAGGAGACUCUUACACUAUUUACAAGUUAGUGAAUAAGAUGUAUGGAGGAGGGUACACAAGAAAGAAUUUGAGUUCAUUUGUCACAUUCUGGUGUUUCAUGUGAUUAUCCUUUCUCUUGGAAUGUAUUUAUAUUCUGCAUGACGCUGCUCGUGUUGACCUUCGUCUUACUGGAACUGCGAACAUUAAUUUAUACUGUCUCCUUGAAUCUUUCUUGACUUAAUAGUCUUGAAGGUGGGAAGUAUAGUGCCUGCACACUGAAGGAAGGGUGGGGAUGUAGCAGUUUUUUUUUUUUUUUUUUUCCAUCCAAACUGUAAUGUCAGCAUGUUUCUGGCAAGCCUUUCUUCUUUUUCGGGUCACCCUACGUCAGUCGGAGAUGACUGGUUUGUUAAAAAAAAAGUUAAGUGCAGUACCUCCUAUGCCCUCUCUUACUCCACCCCCAACAAGUAGUUUAAAGUACUGUUGUAAAACAAUAGCUUUUCUGUAAAUGCAUUAAUAGAUUUUACUGAUACCACUAGUUCAGAAUCCUGUCCUUAUUGUAUGUAGUUUAGCCUUUUUUAUUUUUUUUUAAAUUGUUGCCUUCAUCCAGAUAUGAUGAGCUUCAGUUUCUGCUAUGGUGAGGAUGAUCGGCUCUGAACCUUGCGUGGCAGACAUGCUGCUCCCAGGUGUUGAGUGUUUGCAGUCACAUCUUGCAUUUUAAGAGUGGGUACCUCUAGUACUCUCCAGGUUGACUUCUAUUUAGUUCACCCUCAUUGCAGAAUAAAUAUUUUGUGAAAAUUCAUAAAUAUGCAUUUAACAUUUCUAUUUUUUUUUUUUUAGUGAGAAUUUAUAUUAAAAAAAGGAAUUUGUGUAUUAUUCCCAUCUGCUAAUUAAUAUUUCAUAUGGCUUUGCGUGAAAAAUAGAAUUGUAUGUCUAUUAAUGCUGUAAAUUUCUGACUUUCCAGUCAUAUAUGUGAUAAAAACCAUGUAAUAUGGAGUUUAGUCUGCCAAUGUUAUUCCUGUGAUUUAACAUACCUACUGACCUCUUGUAGAUAGUCCAUCCAUCCUCUGUAGUGAUAAAAUGUGACUUGAAAUUUUGACUAGUGUGUUAUGUAGCAUGCUUCAGAAUGAGAAACAUUGACUAUCUCCGUAGUCAGUAUAAUAUUAGAUGUAUAUGCUUGUGACAAAUAAUGUAGGUCCAAGAUUUUGUCCCCAUGAGCUUUGAUCCUAAAUGUUAACCCACAGGUAGAGAAUAAGGUGAUGGAGUCCAAGUCAGUCUGUCCCUUGAUAACUUAGAUUUUAGCAAAUUAUAACUUAUAUGAAUCGCACUAGUGCCUGGGUCCCCAACCUUGGCUUCUGAUCCAAACUAAGCUUAAAAAUAGAAAGGGUAACUAUGUUUGUGUGUGUGUAUGUAUAUAUAUGCACUGUAUUAUAUAUGUUAUAUACAUAUUUAAAUUUUUCAUAAGCAUGAGGGCCUGAAAAUCCUUCUAGUUAAUAGUUUGUCAAAGCAAAAAGGUUGGGAACUACUGGUGACUAGUGAGAGAUCAUAAACCAGCUUAAACUACAUUAUUUAUUAAGCAAAACUGUUGUUUAAAAAUCAUUGUUAGGCCAUUCUAGACUUUACAGAUAAAAUCAUGAAUUACCUUUACUCAUUGUGUUAUCUCAGGUUAUAAAUGCAUUACAACUGUUUUUGGGGUUUGUAAUGUUAACAGCUAACAAGAUGAUGAGUGUUCACCAUCAGAAAGUUGAGUCAGUCAUUGUAGCAAUGUUGGCAUUGAUCUUCCAGAGAUGAUUCUCUUCAUGGCAUCAACAUGCAAAAUACAUUUGAUACAAUAUACGUACACUAUGAUAUAAAUGGGUAUAGACGGUUUAGUAUACAGCAAAAUAUUAUUCUGCCAGAAAGAACAAAAAGGCACAAUACCGUGAAUGGAACAAUACACAAAUAACCCGCAUAUAGGAGACAGAAACUUGUGAUAACUUGCAGUCCAACUUGGACCAUUUACACUAAAUGGUCCAAGUUGGACUGAAAUGUUGUAGUAAGCUUCUCUUCUAUGAGUUAUUUGUGUAUUAUUCCACCAGAAUACUAUUUAUAAAUGCCUAUUUGUGCAUCUAUGAUACAGUAUAUUGGAUAUUGAAGUGCAUUUAUAUCAGUGGAAUUACAUUUUCGUAGUCUUAUUGUGAGGAUUAGCUAAUUCUCAGGCCUCUUUUACUUGUGUUAUGGCCAAUAACAGUAUAAUGUUAAUGCUUGUACUUCACAAGUAUUGCAAUGUGAUAAUAUGGCUAAUAGCAACAAUGCAUUUUAACCCUCUGACUGUCCAAACGUAGAUCUACGUUCGCUCGCGAAGUGCUCCGAAUGUAGAUCUACUUUUUUUUUUUUUUUUUUUACAUUCUUUCUUAGAGAGAAAAUCAAGGUUGGAGCGCUACACAUUCUAACGUAGAUCUACGUUUGGACAGUUUAAGGGUUAAUUAAGUUAAGGAAGUGGAUUAUUGCUUCCCAUUUCUAUAGUAUACAUUUUGUGUAUACAGGUGUAUAAAUCCAAGAUAAAUCAUAAGUAACUGUCAGCGAGUAAACAGAAGAAUGAAGAGGCUCAGACCAUAGAACAGGUGGGAUUGGAAUCCAUGGCCAGCGAGUCGUAAAGCUCCAGGCCAGUGCGUAAGCCCCACAGUGGGGCCCAGGCUAACCCCUCUAUGGUGUAUAGAAAUACAGUGGAUCACCGGUUAACGAUAUUUUUUCACUCCAGAAGUAUGUUCAGGUGCCAGUACUGACCGAAUUUGUUCCCAUAAGGAAUAUUGUGAAGUAGAUUAGUUCAUUUCAGACCCCCAAACAUACACGUACAAACGCACUUGCAUAAAUACACUUACAUAAUUGGUCGCAUUCGGAGGUGAUCGUUAUGCGGGGGUCCACUGUAUACCUAGCACCUAGUUGGAUGAAUCUUGUUGUAGCCAGCUGGCCCAGUGACUUACACAGUGGCCUGGAGUUUUAAGACUACUCGCCAUGGGUUCAAACCUCGCUCAUUCUGUGGUCUGAUUGCAAUCAUGUUAUUACGAUUUCAUGAGUCAAGAGGCAUGGUAGCAGGUCCAACAGUGUAACCAUCAUCCAUUGCUAGAAAAUUUUCUACACGAAAUUCUGUGGUUGAAGAGUUGGGCCUUCUACAUACAUGGACCAUGGUUCAAGUAACCAUCCAUUCUUUUUGUUUAUUCAUACAGUGUACAUGUAUUAGUGCUGUGUUUACAUUGUGGCUGGGGUUGGAGCACAUGUCAUCCCUGCCUCAUUUCGCUAAGCAGCGAUCAAACCUGUUCAACUGUGAGCUCCUUAAUUGGAUGGAGUGAUGAUUUCAUCCAUGAUUGGGGGACUUGUAGAGAUGUUUUUUUCUCCCAGCAAUGUGUACACAACAUGUAAUUUGAACUUGGGGUUAUUCAAGUCUUUGAACAUAUACUGAUGCUUCUCACCUUACAAUGGUUUGACUUGUGAUAUUUUGACUGUAUGAUGGUGUGAGAGUGAUGCACAUUCAAUAGUCAUCAAACAUUGAAUUUUGAUCUUUUAUUCAUUUACAUGUACUGUAUUAAGUUUUGAGUAUUGGUAUUUAUAGUAAUUAUUUGUUUAUUUACUUAUUCAGUGAUAGUAGUUACUUUAUUCGACUAACGAUAUUUUCAACUCGUGAUGAGAUCUUCGGAAUGUAACCCCAUCGCAUAUUGAGGAGCACCUGCAGUACUGUGUAUACAUAUGCAUUACUGUGCUACACAUAAUCCUCAAAAAAAAAUCUUUGUAGAAAUACUAAAGUUUCUUUAUUAUAAGUGCCAAUGAAGUGCUGUACAUAAGAUUAUUGAUAGCUUGGAGAAGGUGCUUAGAAAGUUGAAAAGUUUCAGUACAAGUUGCUUUAUUCUGAUAAUGUUAAAUAUUGCACACAAAAAAAUUCUGCUUUUUUAUUAGUUUACAGAUUUGACUUAAUACAUCAGGAAAGUAAAUGAAAGCUUAAGAUUAGCAAGUAGUGUUGGACUACAGAUGCAAGUGAAGAACAAAGAACAUUGCAGAUGAAGCAUUGAGAGUGAAGGAUGAAGAAAGCAACUGUGUGAAUGUUAUGUAAAUGAAGUACAGUACCACUGAAGAUGGUAUCAAAGAUGCUGCCAGAAGCCUUUAAGGUACAAUACCUUGUCUGAUUAUCGGAAAGUAUGAAGGUGUGUGUGUGUGUGUGUGUACACCCACCCCACUUGUGGUUGCAGGGGUAGGGGUUGAGUCUUGGCUCUUGGCCCUUCUUAACCUGUCACUUUUCAGAUUCGCUCCCUCUCAGCCUCGUGGGCCUUAUCAUACUGGCUCUUAAUUAAAACUAUGUAUGUAAUCUGCCUCCUGUAUUUCCUCACCAAAAUCAUUCCACUUCCUGACCAUUCUGACUUAAAAAAUACUUCCUAACAUCUGUGGCUCAUCUGUGCCUUUAACUUUCAACGGUGUCCCCGAGUUCCCAUUUCUCAUGUCUCGAACAGCCUCUCUCUCUUUCUCUGUCUACCUUAUAGCUUCAAAUGAGUACUUUGUAUGUUAUGUCCUCUCUGGUUCUUCUGUCCUCCAAUGUCAUUAGGUCUAAUUCCUUUAGCCUCUCCUCACAACUCAUGCCCCUUAGCUCAGGAAGAAGCCUUGUUGCAUACUAUUUCUGCACUUUUUCCAGUGUCUUUACAUGCAUUUUCAGGUGUGUGGGGGUCCAUACUUGUGUUGCAUACCCCAAGAUGGCCUAAAAAAAGUGUUUUAUGAAGGUCCUGGUAUGACACUGUUGAGAUUCCUGAAGGCUGCUCUUAGAUUUGCCAGACAAGCAUCAACUGCAAAGUUAUUCAACUGAAGUGAGCCUAUGGUGAUAUACUAGGCACAAUACUCACCCUUAGGUCUUUCUUUUUAAGAUAGGUGUACAGCUUCUGUCCCCCUACUCUAUACUGUUUCUGGUCUUGCUCCUUCCCCAGUCUUCAUGACCCUUGUAUUUUUUUUUUUUUUUUUAUUAUUUUUUUUUAAUCCACACAAGGGUUUUUACAGGUUUAAGUGAAGAGUGCCAACCUUUAUUUACAAGCUAAGAGCUGUUACCUACCUCAGCUCAUUUGAAAGCAUUUUUAUUAUGAAACGGAUAGGAAACUGGAUGCAAUUGGAGCAAUAUCUAUGGGCCUGCAAUUUUAUUUGGGCAGAUGACUGUUUCAUUGGUGUCAUGCUGUAUGAACAUGUUCUAGACUUAGUCAUUCUAGGAAUGAGUGGUCUCAGACGAAGUGAUAAACUUAAGAAAGGUACAGUCAGAGUGUAGUUGCUGUUUGUUGUCCAUCUUGUUGUAUAGAAGCUGUUCAUGACCUUCCAAGUUCCCACAGGGUUAUAAUAAUGUUGGUAGAAGUACUGACAAUGUGUUAUAUAAAAGGACAUGUGCAACUAAUGCGUCACAUUAGUUACACACGUGUUCUUUUACCUCCCACGGAUAUUCCUUGCUCAGAUUAUUUUUCAACGAUCUCUUGACAAUUCUGCAACUGACAGCAACAACAUUUAUCUGAGCCCAGCUGGUCCACAGCAAAUUGUUUUCUGCCCAGCCAUGUUUGAGUUUCUAGCUGUUGUCUUCCCACCGCUGUUGUGUUUAGGAGACUGCUUUCCUAAGUACCUACAUACUUAUUAGCCACACGCGCCUCAUUCGUGGAUACCUCGUGGAACACCCAGCACUACUGUGCGAGGACUGUCAGGUUGCACUGUCAGUUUAACAUAUUAGAAUUCACUUUUGUUGUCUCUGCUGCUCCAGCACAUUAACUCUUGCUGACCAUGUUGAAAGUUCCACUAACUUUUUCACCAACUGUAAUUUUACUUUUCCUCUUGCACUCUCCUCUACCCCAACUAUCCCCUGUCCUUCCGCACACCUGUCUUUCAUUCCCUCAUCAUCUUUGAGCAAUCCUCCUUUCUCAUAUCCUUCAGUCCAUUGUAAAAUUUCUUGGCUAGCUUAUGAGGAAGUUCCUAUACUCCAAGACUGCUAUUUUUCUCUUUCCAGUCAAACACACUGUUUCUAUUUCCAAUCUCUCACUUAUGCUGGUCACAGACCGGGCCGCGGGGGUGUUGACCCCCGGAACUCUCUCCAGGUAAACUCCAGUAAUGCUACUGAUGUGCACAUCGAUAACUUUAAACCCCAAUAUUUUCCUAUUCAUAUUUUUGAAGAACCACUGCUGCAGAUGACUAGUAUUUUUAUAGCACAUAUAUACUGUGGACACUUCUUGCUACCAUCAUCCACAUUAACACCAUGACUUGCUACCAUCAUCCACAUCAACACCAUGCCUUGAUACCAUCAUCCACAUCGACACCAUGCCUUGAUACCAUCAUCCACAUCAACACCAUGCCUUGAUACCAUCAUCCACAUCAACACCAUGCCUUGAUACCAUUAUCCACAUCGACACCAUGCAUUAAUACCAUCAUCCAUAUUAACCCUUUGACUGUCGCGGCCGUAUAUAUACGUCUUACGAGGUACCGUGUUUGACGUAUAUAUACUCAUAAAUUCUAGCGGCUUCAAAUCAAGCAGGAGAAAGCUGGUAGGCCCACAUGUGAGAGAAUGGGUCUGUGUGGUCAGUGUGCACCAUAUAAAAAAAAUCCUGGAGCACACAGUGCAUAAUGAGAAAAAAAACUCCGACCGUUUUUUUUAAUUAAAAUGCCGACUUUGUGGUCUAUUUUCGUAUAGUAUUUAUGUUGUAUUCUCGUUUUCUUGGUCUCAUUUGAUAGAAUGGAAAACAUAUUAUAGAAAUAGAGGUGAUUUUGAUUGAUUUUACUAUAAAAAGAACCUAGAAAUGGAGCUCAAAGUAGGGGAAAUGUUUGAUUUUUGCCAAUGUUCAAAAGUAAACAAAUGAUGCCAUUGUCCAAUAAAGUCUUCUAUUUUUUGUUUUAAUAAAAAUUCAAAAUAGAAAGCAAGAGUAAUAUCAGAGGGGCCUGGAGACGUGACUGAUGAAGAAAAUGUUAUUUUAGAGCCAGGAAUGUCUGCAUUGUUCAUUCUGGACCUUAUUUUUAAAUUGUCAUAUUUUUUAGUUUUCGUGAAAUUGACCAAAUUGCAAAUUUCUGACCACAUUAUUAGGUAGUUGAAAUCGGUAAAUGGGCAGUUUCUUGUACUCAAUCGAUAGAAAAAAAUGGAGUUCUAAAGAAAUAGCUAUGAGUUUGGGCGACUGGAACAAGGGAAUUAGCCGAAAAUAGGGCUGAAAGUGGGCGAAAUCGCCAAUUUGUAAACUGCGCCGAGGUCGCUAACUUUGCGAGAGCAUAAUUCCGUCAUUUUUCCAUCAAAUUUCGUUUUUUUUGGUGUCAUUACAAUCGGGAAAAGAUUCUCUCUAUCAUUUCAUAAGAAAAAAUCAUUUUUUUUUUUUUAAAUUUUGCGACACCAGGAGACACCUCAGGAUUGGGGGUUGCGACAGUCAAAGGGUUAACACCAUGCCUGUCUUAUUUGCUAUAGUCUCUCAUAAGUGUGCAUUGUAGGUGAACCAAUUCUUUCAUUUUUUCAUACACACUUCCUCUGUUAUAUUGUCUUAAUCAUCAAAUAACUGUUUCAGAUGCCACCACUAUUGACUUGCUGACUCAGCUCUUCUUACUCAGGGUACUUGCUACCUUGAAGGCAAAUUCUGAUUUCUUAUUUGCUACAUAAAUUAACCCCCUUCUUCUCUCAUCCUUGCCAUGAGGUGCUGAAUGAUCACAGUUUUAGGGCUUUCCUUGAAUGUAAUUUUUUUUUUUUUUAAAGACGUAGGCCAUUUCCCACCGAGGCAGGGUGACCCAAAAAAGAAACACAUUCACCAUCACUCACUCCAUCACUGUCUUGCCAGAGCUACACCAAUAUACUACAGUUCAAAAACCGCAACAUAUCCACACCCCUCCUUCAGAGUGCAUGCACUGUACUUUCCACUUCCAUCUUAUUGUAUUCAGUUCUGGUUGUGUUGCAUCCGCUGUAGACAUACAGGAAUCCUUUGCUGUGUAUGUUCCAUUUUGGUGUUCAGGGCAGUGAAUUUGUAUACUCCUUUUCACAUUUUGCAGUUAGUCUUAUUAUUCUGCAGGCAGUUACUUUUUUUCCAACUGUUUCUUAGUACUAACUCUACAUUAGAUUGAUGGUAGAGUUAAGAUGAUCAACUAACUGCAUUUAAUCAAAUUGCACUUAGGCUUGUGGCCAUCCCCACUUCACUGCUGUUGGUUGUGGGUAACACUCUCACAAGUGCUUUGACAUGUCAUGGCUUGCUAGUCCUGUCAUGAAGAGAAGCAGAGGUCCAGCAUCACUACGAGAAUUUUUAGGUUGUGCUGAUAAUCUUCUGUCUUCUGUGAGCACAGUGCUCAUUUUCAACCUCUUUUACAGAGAUGUAAAAUUUGGUGCUUAUUAUUAUUUUAUAAUCAGAUUAAGAGGCAUGCCAGUUGUACUCUGUUUUCCUUUAUGAAAAUCUUUUUUUAAACCUUCAACUGUCCAACGUAGAUCUACAUUUUCACAAGUAGCAUUUCGACCUUGAUUUUCUCCAUUUGAAAGCAUGUAAAAAAACGUAGAUCUACGUUUGGACAGUUUAGGGGUUAAUGUAGACUAACUUUAUAACUGAAGUUGAUUUACUGUCAUUGACUUUAAAUACCUGAAUUCUCCUCACCUCCAGCACUUCUGCCACUUAUAUCAGCUCCUUCCCUUUACUGUCACACCAACCCUCUGAUUUUUUUGUCAGCAACAGAUUUGUUAUACUAACUUUAAUUAUACUUCCUUUGGCACUCCUCACUGCCCUUCCUAACUUUACCUCUUAUGCUCUUAACCCUCACUGGUCUCUGGUCAAGCAUAUUAAACCUUUAGCACACCCUACCCUGCAGUGCUGUAUGACUCUUAAGGGUUUAGUGCUUCAUUAUGAUAUGUCACACUGAACCAUUCUUUUAUUCUUAUCCAUCCCAGUAGAGAUCAGGAAAAUGACGGAGUGUACGAACAUUCAAGAUUUGCUUUUAGAGUGUGAUUAAAACAUUCAUUUUGAUCAAAUGAUGGUAUUGGACUGUUAGACUAAUGAUGGUACUCAUUAAUUUCCCUCUUAUAGAAAUGUUUAGUUAAAGUAUAUGUACUUUCUAUUACAAUUUUGUGCCUCGUAGACCUGUGGCAGAAAAGAAACAAUGAGAAUUAUGACAUGCUGCCUUGCUUGGUGCCAAAGAUUUAGCAACUAUAUUUGUGUGACUGUCCCUUGUAAAAUAGGGUUUGGCAGUAUUAUAUAAUUAUGUGAAAAAUUUAUAAUUUUGUAAGGAAUGAGUGUAUUUAAUGGUUUAACAGGAUUUUAUAGUAUAGCUUAUGUAAAAACUUCCAUAUUAUAUAAUUCCUCUUGGCACCAUGUUUUAUAUUAUGCUUUUUGGCACAAUAUAAAACAGGACUGAUUCUACAUAUGGUUUUAGAAAACUUACCUUCUGGGUUUUCUUAAGUCAUUUUAAUACAGCAGGUAAGUUUAUAAUACUUGAGCAUUACAUUUUAAUGUGUGGGACAUAUUAACAUCAGGAAGUCCUUUGGUAAAGUACACUUGCCUGCACCAAACCUCCGAGUGAAGGACAGCACCUCCCAUAUGGCUGGUCUGUCCUUGUCAAUAAACUAAAACUAUCUUUAAGGUUAUCAAAUCUUGUUAGAAAUUAGUAAUGCAUAUUUAAUGUAAAGAAGUGCCUUUGAAUAAGUAUUCUUUGAUGUUAGUGUUCAUAGGAUAAAUGAUGUUAAAACUUUUAAUAAAAUAUUUAAUGUAUUUGUAAUCCAUGAGUUUGCUUGUUCCCUAAUGACAGUUAAAAAAUUUUAUACAGGACAAUCGUUAAAAGCACCCACAUACCUACUUAAGCAACAUGUAGUAAACUUGAGACAUUAGAUAGUUUAAGAAAUUCCUAAAUAUAAAAAUCUAACGAGUGGAUAAAAGCAAAAAUUGUGUAAAUGCUACCAAAGCAGUGCUGUAUAACUUGUAUGGAUUAAUUAAUCUGAUUACCUCAUUUUUUCCAGGUUCUCCAUAACCCCUACAGAUUUAGCACUUCUCCAUGAAUGAAAUCAUUUCCAGGAACUAUGUAGUAUAUCAAGACUACUGCUAAAUGCUGAAAACUGUACUACAUAUUGUACCACAUUUAAAAAAAAAUAUGCAAGUAAAAAAAGGCUUAUGGAAACUCACAAUAGAGAACUACCAUUAUAAGGUACUAAUGUGAGAGUGAUUCAUCAGAUGCAGGUGUGUGUGUGUGUGUGUGUGUGUGUGUGUGUGUGUGUGUGUGUGUGUGUGUGUGUGUGUGUGUGUGUGUGUGUGUGUGUG